AUGGAGAGCAAAUUAGUUGCUGCCAAAGUUUCAGGAGGGAGUGGAAGCAAGCAGGAAGUGGAUAUAGCUAUAACAGGCCUGGGCGGCGGUCUGAGGGGCCUGAAGACUGCGGGAGGGAGAUGGCAGCAGCAUGGCGGCAGGGUAUGGGCUGCCCAACCCUCCUCUUCCCCACUGUCGCCGCCUUCGCCGCCGGAGUUGUUGGGAUCCUUUAGUCUGCGUGUGUUAGUUGUAAGCCCCACUGUCUGCCCGUCAGCCCUCCGACCCACCGGCCCUCCUUCCUUUCAUCGCCACUGUCAGCCUGAGGGUCGGGCUGGUGGGUUAACUCCCACCCAUGCCACAAGCCUGCGGGCCGGGACCACGGAGGACAUGAAGCUGGAGUUCCCCUCUCUCCCACAGUGCAAAGAAGAUGCUGAGGAGUGGACCUAUCCAAUGAGACGAGAGAUGCAGGAAAUUUUACCUGGAUUGUUCUUAGGUCCGUAUUCUUCUGCUAUGAAAAGCAAGCUAUCUAUUCUACAGAAAUAUGGAAUAACACAUAUAAUUUGCAUAAGACAAAAUAUUGAAGCAAACUUCAUUAAACCAAACUUUCAACAAUUAUUUAGAUAUUUAGUCUUGGAUAUUGCAGAUAAUCCAGUUGAAAAUAUAAUAUGUUUUUUCCCCAUGACUAAAGAAUUUAUUGAUGGGAGCUUACAAACUGGUGGAAAAGUUCUUGUCCAUGGAAAUGCAGGAAGCUCCAGGAGUGCUGCCUUUGUUAUUGCAUACAUAAUGGAAACAUUUGGAAUGAAGCACAGAGAUGCAUUUGCCUAUGUUCAAGAAAGAAGAUUUUGUAUUAAUCCUAAUGCUGGAUUUGUUCAUCAGCUUCAGGAAUAUGAAGCCAUCUACCUAGCAAAAUUAACAAUACCGAUGAUGUCACCACUCCAGAUAGAAAGGUCUUUAUCUGUUCAUUCUGAUACCACCGGCAGUUUGAAGAGAACACACGAAGAUGAUGAUGAUUUUGGAAACAUGCAAGUGGUGACUGCACAGAAUAGCUGACUCCAGCAACAUUACAGAGGAUGUGAAUUUCUAUUCGGGAAGCAUAAAAUAUUAGAUACAGUAAUAAUGUAAAAUGGUAUAAACAAAGUAGUUCCUUUUCAUUUAUAUAUUACUUACAAAUCUGUUUCUCUGCAACUUGUCAAGCAAUAUUUUAAGAUGUUGGACUUCUGCAACAGAUGGCACUGAAGGUUUUACUCUUUUUUUUUGACAUGUUACAGUUUUAUUAUUAUUAUAAACCAAUAAUUUUGGACUUGCAAAGAGGUAUUGCA